CACGUUUAGAUAACUUCAUUUGUAAAAAGUGUAAUUUAACUUGUCAACAUUGUUUAUUGCGAUGUUUUUAACAACAUGAUAUUAGUAAUUUUAUAAUGUGACAUUGUAUUUUUUAUUUAAUUUUAUUGUUUAAUUAUGUUGCCAAUUAGAAUGGACAUGACAAGAGAACAAUGCAAAACUUGUUUAAGAUGUCUAGAAUUGGAUGCAUAUGGAAAUAUGGUGUCAGUAUUGAGAGCCCAGGGUUCAUUUACUGAUGAUAAAAAACGUAUAUUAAAUGAAUUAGCUGAAGUAUUGCAUAUAUCAAAUGAUCGUCAUCGUGCUGAAAUAAGAAGAGCAGUUAAUGAUGAAAAAUUAAGUGAAAUUGCUGAUAAAUUAUAUGGUCCAAAUACAUGGACUGAUUGGGCAAUUGAAGGACGUAGAACAAUACCAUUAAUACCAAGAUCAAAAGCACAUACAGCAUUUAUUGAACUUGCUAAUAGUUUAUCAAUUGUUAUUGCAACAGCAAAUUCUAAAAAACGUAUUAAUUAUCAUGAUAAUAGUACAAUUAAUAAUAAACAACAAAAUGAUAAAAAUGAUAAUAAUUGUAGUGAUGAUGGUGAUGGUGUAAAUAAUAAUAAUAAUAUUAGUGAAAAUUUUAAAUGUUCUAGUGUUGUUAAUAGUAAUAAUGAUAAUGAUUUAUUGACAAUUGAAAAAAAUAAUCAAGUUAAUAAUAAUAAUUUUAAUAGUGUAUUGUCAUUACAAACAAAACAACAACAACAACAACAACGUGGUAAAAAAAGAAAAAAUUCAUAUAAUGAUAAUAGUUUAAGAAAAGUUAGAAAAUAUACAAUUAAUUUAGAUGUUAAUAAUUUUAAUUCUGUUGGUAAUAUUAAAAAUUCAACAACAUCAACAACUUCUCAUGAGCCAAUGGUUAUUGAUGAUAAUUUGAGUGUAAAUACUAAAAAUAUAAAAUCAUCUUUAACGAGGAAGGAAUCAUUAUCAACGUCAUCCAGUGAUUGUGUUAAAAUUUGUCAAGAUACUGUGAGGCAAGAUGUUGAUAGGGUGGUGGUGGAUCAUCGAUUAAAUGAUGAAGAUAAUUUAACAGAUGAAACAGAGAGUUCAGAUGAACUUAAUGAUAUGUCAGUGUUUGGUGAUGUUGAUAGUUGUAUUGAUGAUGGUACAAGAGUGAUAAGAAAUGAUAAUUUUACAUCAAAAAAUUAUGAGGCUGAUGAUUAUGGAGAUAAAUCAAAGAAAAUAGUGAAGGCUGUUGAUUUAAAUGUAAAAGAAAAUUUUGAUGAAUUAAAAAAUAAGACAAAAGUUGUUGAAUCAAUAUCAGCAAUGAAAAAUAAUAUUGAAGAUGAUUUAAAUGUAAAAAAUUCACAAGUAAAUUUGGAGGAUGAAAAAAUUAAAUUGGAUUUAGAAAGUAAAAAAAUGGAUACAAAAAUAACUGAGUUGAAUUUGGAGAGGAAAGUGACUGAGUUAAAUAUAGGUAAAAAAAAUAAAGAGUCAAGAGUGAAGGACAAUGUUGAAAUGGCAAUGGAAAAAGAAAUUAUUGAUAUUAUUAAAACGAAUGCUGAAAGGGAAAUCGUUGAACCAGUGAUUGAGCAACGAACUGAUGAGGUGACCUUGGAAACAAAAAUCAACGAGCCAAUUGUCGAGGUUAACAUUGCUUCAACAACUUUGAAUAUAGAAAAUAAUAAAGAUCUUCCUGUAGAAACAACAAUUAUUAAUUCAGAAUUAAAUAAAAAUCAUACUGAAUUAGUUUUAGAAACAAAUAAAAUUGUGGAACCAAUUUUAGAAACAAAAGAAAUUGUUGAACCAGUUUUAGAAACUAUAAAAGUAUGUGAACCAAUUUUAGAAACUACAGAAGUAUGUGAACCAAUUUUAGAAACAAUAAAUGUUGUUGAACAUGCUGGAGAAACAACAGAAAUUGUUGAACCAGUUUCAGAAGCAACUGAAAUUGUUGAACCGACUAUAGGGACAAUAGAAAUUGUUGGACCAGCUAUAGAAACAAUAGAAAUUGUUGAACCAGUUUCAGAAGCAAUAGAAAUUGUUGAACCAGUUCCAGAAGCAAUGGAAAUUAUUGAACCAGUUUCAGAAGCAAUGGAAAUUGUUGAACUAGCUUUAGAAACAAUAGAAAUCCUUGAACCAUCUUCAGAAACAACAGAGCCUGUUGAAGAAGUUUUAGAAACAACUGAAAUUGUUGAACCGUCUAUAGAGACAAUAGAUAUUGUUGAACCAUCUUUAGAAACAACAGAACCUGUUGAAGAAGUUUUAGAAACAACUGAAAUUGUUGAACCGUCUGUAGUGACAAUAGAUAUUGUUGAACCAGUUUCAGAAGCAAUAGAAAUUAUUGAACCAUCUUUAGAAACAACAGAAACUCUUGAAGAAGUUUCAGAAACAACUGAUAUUGUUGAACCAGCCAUAGAGACAAUAGAAAUUAUUGAUCCAAUUUUAGAAACAACAGAAACUGUCGAGACAAAUUUUGAAACAACAGAAAUUGUUGAGCCAAAUUUUGAAGAAAAUAUAUUUGCAUCAAGUUUUGAUGAUAAAAUUGUUGAAUUAAAUAUAGAUACUGAAACUGAUGAUAUCAAUAUACCAACAAAUGAUGAUGUUGAUCCAUUGUUGGAAUCACCAAUUAUUGAAUCAAAUUUAGAUAAUAUAAUCUCACCACUUCCAGAAAUACAAAUAGUCUCUCCAACAUUAGAUAAACUUAUUCCUUCAAUAUUAGAAACAAACAAUAUAUAUCCAACACCAGAAAUAAAAUUAAUACCAUCAAUUUUAGAAACAAAAAAUCCAUCAUUAACUCAACAAAAUAAAACACCAAAUAAUUUAACAACAAAAAUUAUUUCUCAGCCAUUACAAAUAAGAAUAACUUCACCAACACGUCAAUUAAAAAUUAUUUCACCAUCAUUAUCAACGAAAUUAAUAUCUCCUAAACAAGACACAAUAAUUGUUUCAAAUCAACCUCAAGAAUUAAAUACAAUAUCAUCACCAAAAAUAAUAACAACAUCACCACCAUUAAUUCAAAAUAUUAUUGAAUCAAAUAUUGAUAAAAAAAUAAUAAUUCCAAAUUCAUCAACAAAAAUUAUUGGUAUACAAAAAAAUAUAAUAAAACCAAAAGUUGAAUUAAAAUUAAUUGAUUCAAAUUUAACACAAUUAAUACAACAAAAAUUAGAAACAACAAAAAUACAUAAAACUGAUAAUACAUCUGGUAGUACAACACCAACUGGAUCAUCACCAUCAACACCAGUUAAAUCAGAUCUCGUAACAUUAUCACAAAUACCACUUGGAAAUAUAAAUCGUUCACCAAUGGCUAAAGUGGGUAUUACAUUAAAUUCUGAUAAAACAGUUAGUCUAAGUUCUCUUCCAAAUGUUAAAUUAGGAAUGAAAAAAAAAGUUAUUGUCGUACAAAAAGGACUAUCAAAAACUGUAAAAUUAUCUCAGGAAGUAUUAGAUAGAGUUAAAGGUGGUAAAAAUUUAUGUAUUACUAGAAAUAGUGGAUCAUUUUGUUUACGACCACAUAAACCAAAAGUUGGUAAUAAUGGUGAUCAAAUACCAAAAUUGGUAACAUUACCAGAAAAAGAAUAUGAUGAUAAUAUUGAUUAUGAAAAUCAUAUUGAAUCAAGUAUUGUAUCAGCAUCAUCAGUUAUUAUUAAUGAUAAUUCACAUGAUAAUGAUGUAUCAUUGAAUUUAAAUAAUCAAGAUUCAAUUAAUGAUUUAAAUGGAGGAUUUUUAAAUUUACCAGUUAAUAUACAUGGUGAUAUUGUUCAUCAGGAUAAUUCACACAUUAUUGAGAGUGAAAUUAGCAAUGACAUUUACAUGGAUGAAGGAGAAUAUUUAAAUGAUUCUGACACAACAAAUUGUAAAAAAGAUGUGUUUUUACCGUCCGAUAAUGAAGUUUAUAAUUUCGAAUCAAAUGAUAAUGUGUGUACUAUUGAAACUGAUGGAACAGAAAUAACAACUGAAAUGGAUAUGUUUCCAACACAAAUAGUAUCAACUGGUUCGCAAAUUGAAACAUUUACUUAUCUUGAAGAAGACACUGUUGAAGAAUUUCAUGAUAAUCAUAUUAAUGAACAACAAAUAACACAUCCUGAAUUAAUCAAUGAAUAUGAAGACAAUGAAUCGUAACAGUAUAUUUAACUUUUUAUAGAAAAUUCAUUUUUUUUUUGUUAGUUUUUUUUUUUUUAAAUACUCCAGCCUGACGUACCUACUAAUCAAGAUGAAGACUUAUUUAAUUUAUAUAUUAUUUUUUAAUAAAUAUUAAGUCAUACAAUUUGAUAUUAUUGAUAAUCGUGUUAUACUGUCAACACAUCUUAAAAAUAAUUAAAAAAAGAAACAUAAUUUUUUAUAAUUUUUUUUUUUUUCGUUCUUUAAAUACUUUUUUGAACGCUGGCUGCUCAUUUUAAGUGAUUCAUUAAAUUUUUACGUUUAAUUAUUGUAAAUUUAAAGUGUAUUAAAGAGACCUUUUUUUUUAAAACAAAUUUACAUGGAAAAAAAAAAUAUAUUUAUAAAUUAAGAAGAAAAAAAAAAAA